GCUUUAAAUAGUGAGAAGUGACAUCCGGAGUGAAGAACCUUUGUAUUGUUUGACCAAUUUGAUCACAAAACAACUUGGAUUUGACUUAUUUUUGCGAUAUAUAUAAAGACGCGACUAUAACAAAACAGUACUAGCUGAUAUAUAUGUGUAGACAGCUGUUUAAUUUUUAGAAUCUAACCAUGUUUGGAUUGUGCUUUCUUACAGUUUUAUUAUUUUAUCUGGACAUAAAUACUAUCGUAGCAGAUGAGUUCGAAAAACCCGAGGUAUUCCCUCGGUCCCAGAAAGUUGUUGAAAACAGCCCCGUCGUUUUCACAUGCGUGAGUAAUAAUCCAGAGGCUGAAAUUUUCUGGUACAAAGGAAAUCGCCCGGUUGACGAAGAAGCAGAUCAGGUCUCUAUCAGGCGGAUGACUGCCACGAGUGUACUGAGGAUCAAUGAGGCACACAUCAAGAAACAUAAAAAGACUUACAGCUGUCAUGUCAAGCACGGACACGGUCAAAGCACGGUUGUUACGUCAGACGUGACUCUAAAGGUGCUGUCCAGAAAACGCCUGCACAAAAAUUUUCCACAUAUCGCCCCAGUAAGGACUGGUGAUGAUUAUAUCUUGCCGUCCCCGGACCCAGGCUCCUUACACAUGAAAUGUGAAAGCUUGGCAACAAAGAAGAGCAAGCCGUCGUGGAGAUGGAUCAAAGAUGACUUUAUUGACCUCAGUCUGGAUAAUCAUGACGACAGUGAAGACGAUGAGGACAGAAUAGAAGUGACAGAUGAAGGGGACCUGAUCAUAAGCAAGGCGACCGUCCGUGAUAGUGGAAGAUAUAUGUGCGUAGCGACAAAUAAUCGAGGUUCGGCGUAUGGUAUGCCAGUCAAAGUGACUGUACAAGAAGGUCCUCCAGUUCCAGUAUCUGAUGGAUGUUUUGAUGAUAUGGGAGUACGUUCUGCCUUUGGGGAGACUUAUAACCGUGAAGGAGACCCGUGCACGACUUGCACGUGCAUUGAAGGUGCCGGUCUGAGUUGUAAAUCUGUAUCAUGUUUCCCAAUGCCGUGUCCUCCAGGACAGCGACAUGAGAUGUCUUCUGAGAAAUGUUGUGAACAUAAAUGCGUACCGAUUUCAGAAGAGAGCACUGAUGUCGCUAUGUGUACUGACCGAGAUGGACGCCAGGUGGCAUCUGGAGAAAGGUUCAUGCCCGAGGAAGAUCCAUGCUUGCAGUGCGAGUGUCACAAUGGCAGACGGGGACGAUGCAUGAUGGUCGCAUGUCAGACACCCACGUGUAAUAAUUACACGUCAUCACGUGAUGUGUGCUGUAGUUACACGUGCUUAAGCACUCCUCCUCCCGUGCCAUCAAGGAUUGAAGUGUCGUGCAAAGAUCACCUAGGACGCGCGGUGUCUGACGGGGAUAUGUACCAGCCUGAAGCGGACCCAUGUGUUACAUGCGAAUGUGUUAAAGGGCUACAGGGGAUAUGUACAACUGUUGUAUGUGAUGAACCAGCUUGCAAAAACUACAGACUUAUACCUGGUACCUGUUGUGGAUUUGAAUGUCUAGACGAAGAGACUGAGUCUGUGGAAAUAGAUCUGGAUGGUGGAUGCCGUGCACAUGAUGGUUCUUACGCUGGUAAUGGGGAUUCAUACCAUCCAAGAGCUGACCCGUGCGUCACGUGCAUGUGUGAACGUGGACACCCUGUAUUAUGUAGGAGUAUAGCAUGUUUUCCUCCUCCUAUGAGAUGCUCGGACCCGAUACCAGUACCCGGUGUAUGUUGCCAGUUUACAUGUGAACCACCCGAGCCGGCUUUACCUAUUUUGGACAACGUCGAAAAAGUGCUAGGCCGUAUCUUCAUUCAACAGAUUGGUUCAAACAAGGCUUUUGUACAGUGGAAGAUACCAGAGAAAUUUUCUGAAAUGCCGUCAAAUUUGACAGUUUUCUGUUUUAAAAAUGCGUCUGAUAUGGGAAACGCGGAUGUCAUCCGUAUUGGUGACCGUCCAUAUGCAAUCUUGCGUGAUCUUGACCCCAACUUUGAAUACCACAUAAUGGUGAAUGGAACGCUGGGAAAAGGAAGAGCUCUUAUGUCAUCUCGGCCUGUUAGAUUCUCUCUGGAUGGCAGAGGACGCUCAUCUUUUGUGCUGAGUGACGCUAUUGGUCAAGUAUUUGAAUCCCGUGGUUCAAUCCCUUACGAAGGAUACAGCUUGCCGCGGAAAUUCGAUCCUGUUGUCCGCACUGAUGAUGUCAAGGUGAUACUUAACACGGAAAGUUUCCACAGAGUAGAGGUGUCAACAUAUAACGAAGCACCUUGCAUGGAUCAAGAUUGUGGUUUACUGCGAUUUUAUUUAUACACAAUGGAAGGAGAAUCCAAGAAUGUCUUGUCACUGAUGUUUACAAACAAACAGGAUUUCUCCUGGGCAAAAGCUCACCUGUGAAUAAAGCCAUUCCAGGACUCUCUUGUACAGACUAUGGAGAAGCAGAACUAUUGUGAAAGACUACUGAAAAUAGCUGAGGAGAGAAAUAAAUUACAUUUCAAAUUGUGUACAGAUAAUAGAAUUUUCAAAACAAAAACUAAUCAGUUUCACGAAUCACUUGGAUAUUAUAAUAAAAUAUUCACUUAG